UGUAACUGCUGCACCAUUUAAGGUGGAACGGGGAAAUUCGUAGAGGACGCUGGCGAAUAGGAAGCCAGCCUCAGCCUCGUCAGCAGACGAGCGUUUGUCGGCGGAGUGGAAGCAGCUUACAGCAGGAGGGUCUGCUGGAUAAAGUGAAUAAACGGAGAUGGAGAGCUAAAUCUCAGCAGGUCUCGGACUCCUUUUUUGUUUUGUAGUGUUUUAUUGACCCGCACGGCCACAAUGUCGUUCGCAGAAAGUUUGCUGGACCUGCAGUGGCUCUGUGUGCUCACCCUCUUCAUGGCCUCCGUGGUGACUCUGCUGGUCUAUUUCGUUCAGUAUUUCUUACAUUUCUCUCAUCCUGGGAGCCAAACUGAGAUUAAGGAGGACUCAGAGGAGGCAGAAGAGCUUUUAUGCUGGACGUUGGGGCUGAAAAGCUGGAGGAGUGAAUGGAGAAGAGCCUGGUUCAGAGCUUUAAACCAGCAGUCUAAAGCAGGGGGGCACAUCCAGCUGACUUUUGAAGAAGACGGCGUGCAAACGUCAGAACUUAGCGUGGGCCGCAUUUCAAGCUUCACCAAAUCAGCAGGACAGAAGAAUGUGCAGUGUGCAGUGUUCGGAGAAAAGCUGCAGUUUUCUCUCAGCGCCUCCCCAAACGCAGCCCCCACAGAGACCCCCCUGAGAUACAGCGCCAGAAUAUCCCCCCUACAGCUGCAGCUGGCCCUGCAGCUGAGGGAGGUUGAUGGACAGGUGCAGGUUACCUGGGCAGUGGAACACCUGGACUCUACACACAUACAGCUCACGCCCAGUUACACACAGCAGGGAGUGUGUGCGGGUCUGAGUGAAGCUGAGGUGAUGGCAAGACUGCGGAAGGUUCUGAGUGAUGCUCGCCCGUCUGUAAAUCUGAGCAGCCGGCCUGCACAGCCUGCAGAGGUGAAGGAAGUCAGGAGCAGGACCCCACCGCUGGCCUCCCCACCGAAACCCCCUCGAGCACACGAGUGGAAACUGUUAGUGAAGAACAUCCGGGUCACGUGCGUGGAGGAGGACGCUGCAGGCAGCGUGAGUCCUCAGUGUGUUCUCCAGUUGGAUGACCCUCCUCAGAAACUGACCAGUUCAGUGUUGGCCAACACACACACCCCGUCCUGGGAGCAGCCGUUUAUAUUUGAACUGAGCGGCAAAUCCAAGGAGCUGAACAUCCAGGUGUUGGAUAGCGGGAGCGCUCUGGAGAGCUGUUUGCUGGGCCAGGUUUGCGUUCCGUUUGAUCUGGUGAAGCGGCAUCCUCGUGGUCAGCAGACGUUCGCUCUGAUGGACGCUGACCGAGUGACCGGCUCUCUGACUUCUGAGUUUACAUACCUGGAACCCAGUGAGGUGCGCACCUGGCAACCCCCCACACCGGCCCCUUCUAAGCGGGUGGAAAUGGACCGGACGGUGAUGCCCUGCGGUACCGUGGUAACCACCAUCACUGCAGUGAAGAGCAGACCAGGACGGCCACUGCCCCCAGAAACUCCAUCCAAAUCCAAGCUGUCGGAGAGGAGAGUGUCAGAGCAGCCCUCGAAGCUGGGAGCCAAAGUCAGCAAAGCUUUAUCAUCAUCAGACACAGAGCUGCUGAUGCUGAAUGGGACGGAUCCUGUGGCCGAAGCCGCCAUCAGGCAGCUCUACGAGUCAGCUAAACAGAAACACAAAUCUCCGGUCAAGAAGAGCACCAUCAUCAUCUCUGGAGUGACAAAGGCUCCUCUGUCCCAGGAUGAGGAAAUGGCUCUGAUGGCUGGUUAUGCUGCUGCAAUGGACGCUUCCAUGUCUGGAGAGUCUGACAUCAUGAGAAAUGGUGAGGAAAUGACGUUGUCUGAGCCGGCAGCUGACCCCACCGCUUCGGAUGUCUCGGACCCCCUGGAGGGUCCCAGCAGAGCAGGGCAGGAGGACUGGGAGAGCCAGGCAGGAGAAGAUCCAGACGCUGAUAAAACAUCUCUGUCCCUCUGCAUGUCUGAGACCGGCUCCAAAAAGGGGAAAGGCAGCUUCCUGCACAAGAGCGCCAAGCUGUUCUUCAGACGGAGGCACCAGAGGAAGGAGCCGGGCAUGAGCCAGUCCCACAACGACCUGCAGUACCUGGAGCAGCCGCCGGACGUCUCGGCCGUGUCCGAGAGGGAGAAGAGGACGGCCACGUUCCGGAAAAUCAUCAACCGCAAACUUCUGCCCAAGAGCAAGAGCAAAGCCAACGGGACGGUGAGGGAGCCGCCUUCGUGACCCGAUCGGACCGAUCGGAGAGCGCAGAUAGUAUGAGCUGUGUGCUGCCGCCGCUCUCUCGAAGCAGAUGCGUUCAGUACAGCACGGAGUGCUGCUCUGCAGAGUUUUAACACGGAGAGGUCCCUGAUCACA